AUGUCGCGUACGCGAGCGUUCGAUUACCGGCGUGCGACGCCACCGCCGCCGCCGCAGCCGCCGCCGCCGCAGCCGCCGCCGCCGCAGCCGCCGCCGCCGGAUGCUGCGAUCCUGUCGCCUCGGCUAGCUGAGGCAAUCACGGCGAUCAUGUCGUCUCGUGGCAAUGCCGCCUUGGACGAUCGGGGUUCCUCCUCGGGUCGGAGUUGCGGACCGCAGUCUACCGGCGAGGACCGGGCCGGGGACGGAGGGUACUAUGAAGAGGGAGAUUACGAUACUGAAGAAGAAGAAGAAGAAGAAGAGAAUAAGGAGAGCGGAGGGCAGGAUGAAGAGGGAGAACAAGAAGAAGAAGAAGAGGAAGGUGCCGGAGGGAAUGAUGAGGAGAGAGAUCGUGACAUGGAGGAGGAGGAGGAGGAGGAAGAGGAAUCGAUGAUGGCGUCGAAUCGAGGGACGGUUACGUGGAGAUCGACUCCGUUCUCCUCCGAUCGCCGGCAUCGUUCCUCGCGACGGCAGCGGCGCGUCUCGUCGUCUUCGUCGAACCCGGGUCCCACGGAGCGCGCCCGCGACGCCGUGUCGCAAAACUCGACGGCUUCGGCGUUUCUGGCGUACUUUGAACCCCAACUCGAGGACCGGGUGAUCGCGAUGACGAACCUGGAGGCCGGCAGGAGGGCCGGGGCGGGGAGGGGGAUCGACGGCUGGCGACCCAUGGGUCGAGCCGAGUUUCGCGCAUACGUGGGACUGCUGAUCCUCGCCGGCAUGUACAGGUCGAGGGGCGAGGCGUGCAAGAGCCUGUGGCACGCGGAGACCGGUCGCUCGAUAUUUCGCGCGACCAUGCCCCUCAAGACGUUCCGCGCGUACUCCGCGGACCUGCGAUUUGACGAUCGCGACACCAGAGAGGCCAGGCGCCUGGCCGCCGGGCACGACAAGCUGGCACCCAUCAGGGAAGUGUGGGACGCGUGGUGCGAGAGGCUGCCGCUCCUGUACGAGCCCGGACCCGAGGUCACGGUGGACGAGAGGCUGGUUCCCUUCAAAGGUCGAUGUCCCUUCAAGCAAUACAUGCCCAGCAAGCCGGCCAGGUACGGGAUCAAGCUGUGGGUGGCGUGCGACGCCAAAUCCAGCUACGCGUGGAAGAUGCUGGCGUACACCGGGAAAUGCGACAAGCGAGGUCCUCCCGAGAAAAACCUGGCAUCCAGAGUGGUGCUCGAGCUGACCGAGGGACUGGGACCGGGCCGCAACGUCACCUUCGACAACUUCUUCACGUCGUACGAGCUGGUCAGGAGGCUGUUCUUCCAAAGGGGCCUCACCUCGCUGGGGACCUUGCGUGCGAACAGGGCCGAGAUCCCCAGGCGACUGCUCGAAGUCAAGGGCAGACCGGUGCCGUUGUCGCGAUUCGCGUUCUCGUCGACCGCGGAGCCUCCCGCCGCCGCCGUGGUCUCCUACCUGGCCAAGCGCAACAAGAAAGUGCUGAUCCUCACCAAGCACGAGCAGCACGUGCGCGCCCCGGGGCUGAGCGGGCGAGCGGACGGGAAGCCCCUGGCGGUGCUCCACUACAAUCGCACCAAGGGAGGCGUGGACAACCUGGACAAGGUGUUGGGCACGUACAGUUGCAGGAGAAGGACGACUCGCUGGCCCCUGGCCCUCUUUCACAACAUGGUGGACGUGUCCGCGUACAACGCCUUCGUGCUGUGGAGGGAGCUGAAUCCCGCCUGGAUGCCGGGCAAGCGCAACAAACGCAGGCUGUUCCUGGAACAGCUGGGCAAAGAGCUGGCGGCCAACGCAGCCGCCGCCAGAGAGGGGACGAAGGUGAGGGAGAGGGGCGACGGCGGCAACGGCGACGGCAAAAGCGACAACGCGACAGGGUCGUCGCGCGACGGCAGGCGCGGCGGCGAGUCCGAGGCGUCGUACGAGGCGAGGAGGAAGAGAUGUCGCAUGUGCCCCAGGAGCAGGGACGCCAAGACCAAGACUCUGUGUCACGGCUGUCGCGUGCACGUGUGCGGCAAGUGCGCCGUGGUCUACUGUCCAAACUGCGCCUCGGCCCCGUGUCAGUGA